AUGUCUUCGACCACCCGAUCUGACCUCCCCGCCACGGGCUCCACCUACCAACCCACAAAGUCCGAUGCCAUCACCUUCUCGAACAAUAACCCAUUGGGCUCGGGCUCGUCGGGGAGCCAUGAUCACCAGCAGCACCACUACCAGCAGCAACAGCAGUACCAACACCAAGCCACUGGCAUUGACAGUGCCACUCCCACCACAGCUACAACCGGUACAACAGUCCACGACACCGUGACCGCACCCGGAUCGACUACGGCUAUGCGCGGCACAGCAGGCACAGGUAUCUCCGACCAUCCGACCAACUAUGCCGAUGACAGCAUGACCCAUCCGAGUCUGCACGGGACAACAGGCAUUAGUGGUCACCCGACAGACUAUCACGCCGACGAAGCCAACCCGCUCCGAGCGCACCAUCGGCCUUCUAUUGCCAAUGCCACAGACACCGGCCACGGCACCGGUGGGGCUCUCGGUGGCGAUGAGACGAUCCGGCGGCACGGCGUCGCGCAGAACGCGCCGGGCAAGCUGGGCGAUCGGGGCGAGAAUAUCCUGGGCGCCGUCGGGUUUGGGGGCACCCAUGUCGAGAGGCCGAAGGAGGAUCAGGGGAUUGGGGAGAAGAUUGCCGAGUUUUUGGGUGCGUGA